AUGUCUGAUGAUUCGUUUGGAGAUGACGAUGACUUCGAUUUUGACGAGGUUGUGAGAAAAGCUGAAGAAACGCAACGGCUACUUACGCAACAGAACUCCAGAGGUGUCACGAGAGAGGAUGCAACUUCGGAAACAAAUGGAAACAUGAACAACGGACGCAUACAGUCGUCAAAGCUAGAUAAUGUGGUCUAUCAAGUAAAGGGUGAAAAUGCUGUUUUGAGAGGCCAAAUAGCCAAACUAGAGAAGGAACAGGGGGAGAUUCAGGAUUCAUUAAGGGUCAAAUAUGAAAAAAUGCUCAAGGAUAAGGAAGAGUAUAUUCGUUCGUUAACUGAGAACUUGAAUAAGCUAAAAUCGGAGUACGAAUUUGCAGAGACGGAAAAUAGAAACUUAAUGCAACAGAAUAUCAGAAGUAGGAAGAUAAGGAAGAUUCAUCAUGACACUGACUCAUCAACACCAAAUACAUCUGUGAUUGAAUCAACCCAGAAUACUUCAUAUACGUCCAACAACUCAAAUCUGUCUACUCAUGAUACACGACAUGAUCAAUGUUUACCUAGAGAUGAACGUUCCGGUUUGAAAGUUGUUAUUAUGAACCAAGCAAUGUUUUUUCAAGAUGAGAAAACACAUUUCAUCGAAUCUUUAACCAAGUAUGUCGUCCCAGGGUUGAAAUUUUCUGCGUUACAAUAUCUUGAGAACAUUACAUCUACAUUUGACUUUGAUUACGAAGACUUUCGUAUUGCAAAGAAUGCACAAAGUUUUAAAUCUGCCAUCCUGAAAUAUCUGAUUAACUUUCAAGAUAAAAAUCGUAUUGAUCAUUUGUUAGAAAAGUUUAUUUUGAUCCUUCUUGCCUUUAUCUGUGAGACACACGUCAAUAAAAAUAGUCCACCACAAUUGCUUCCUAUUCCGUUUUUGAUCUCACUGAUUAAUUUUGCGUUAGAUUAUAGACCAAAGGCAAUUAGGGACGAAAUUUUAAGCAAACUAACCAAACACAUAUUUUUAAUGCUUGAAAAGUACCAGGGGUUAUUUAAGCCUGAAUUUGACUAUUUAACAUUACCAUCUUCGAGGAAAAUCCAUUAUAACAGUAUGUAUGAUACAGAAAGUGAUGAAUUUAUUUUCAAUGAUUUUGCAGAUAAGACCAUGCACACAAGGAUCCUAGAAGUUUUCACGACAGUAUUUCUUAUGGAUACCUUGUCGACAAUUAGUAAAGUUGCAUCAUUCCAUGUGUCGGUUUUCCGAAAUUCCAAAGCAUUGUCGAAAUUUUGGAGUACGAUUCCACAGCAGUUUUUUAUCAAUUCCUUGCUAUCCAGAAAAACUCCUAUUCAUUUCAUUCGAAAUACAAUAACAAUAUUAUCCAAUUCAAUAAAUGAUUAUGACAGAUUUGCGUUUGAAAAUAUAAGGAAAACUUCAAUAACUAAUCCUAAAACAGCUACAGAACUCACUAUAAAGAUUAUGGAGCAAAUUAUGCAAUUUCUAACUACCAUUACUAGUGACCAAAUUCAUUUCCAAGUUUUCGGACUAAAUGACAUGGUUGGUAGUAACCAUCAUCUAAAACUAUUAGAAUUAGUUAUUAUACCCAAUGGGGAAUCAUCUUCAUAUCCAAGGACCAAUUCUUUUGAUGUCUAUGAAGAAAACUUAAGGGCUAGACCUGAAAACUUGGCAAAACAAGAAAAACAAUUUUUAAUUACAAAGAUUGAAAUUUUGAAUCUGUUUAUAUCCUUCUAUUCAAAUUUGAUCAUGAUCUCACUACCUUUACAAACGAAUGUAAAGUUGGUAAAAAUAUUAUGUCAGUUAAUAGGGGAUGAACAAGAGAUGAUAAUCAAGGCUCCCAGAUCUUCAAACAAUUCACUAAGGGUGGAAGCAAUUGCGCAAUCAGUCAAGAUUCUUCACCAUCUAAUUUUACAAGAAAGUAUUGUCAAAAUUAAUGAGAUUCCCAAUCUAGCGCUACGGGAGAUGAUUAUCGUUUUGUUGAAGAUUUCAUCGAGGAAUAUCAAAAACUAUUCCAUCGACUUUGUUAAGCAGGUAAGAGAGUCCAAAUAUAACGGUAUUUUAUUUAACGGGGAAAUCGAGCAGAGCGAAUUGGAUAGAUAUGGGUUGUGGAAUUCCAUACUAUCUUCUGAUAAGUUACCAGGGGACGAAUAUAAAAAGCUAGUCGAGAAUCGUAUACAGAUUGAAACAGAUACAUAUAAUGGGAUUGAAUUUAAUUAUCCUGAUGAAACAAUUGAUUUAGCACGAGACAUAGUUGGUUCCGCAGUCACUGGAGAUGAAGCAGACCGAUUACAUGACAGUAUAAACUUUGUAAAUUACGACGACACUGCCAACGAAGACGAAGACUACCAAAUGGACAUUUAG